AGAUGGAGAGACACUGAACUCAACAGCAGAUCAGAAUAGAAAAACAUGUCAGACCUCAGGAUUGUAAUGUUGGGUGAAAGUGGAGCAGGGAAGAGCUCAUCAGGAAACACCAUCCUGGGAGAAAAAGUGUUCAUUAAACAAUUCACUGAUAAAUCUGUGACCGAGAAAUGCCAGAAACACCAGCGUGAGGUCAAAGGUCGGAUCAUCUCCGUCAUCGACACUCCAGGACUGUGUGACACGUCGAUAAAUAAAGAAGAAGUGAAGAAAGAAAUGGAGAAAAGCACUGAAACAUCUGCUCCUGGUCCUCACGUGUUUCUGCUGGUGCUCAGACUGGACGAGAAACCAGCAAACCAAGAGAAAAACACAAUGAAAUGGAUCCAGGAGAACUUUGGGGAAGAAGCUAAUCGGUACACCAUCAUCCUCUUCACUAGAGGAGAUCAGAUUAAAACAUCCAUAGAGGAGUUUCUGGCAAAUAACGAGGAGAUGAGAGCACUAGCUGAACAGUGUAAAGGUGGAUACCAUGUCUUCAACAACACAGAUGAACAAAACAGAUCUCAGGUCAGUGAGCUGCUGGAGAAGAUCGACUCAAUGCUGGAGGAAAACGGAGGACAGUUUUACACCAAUGAGAUGUACAUGGAGGCUCAGAGAGGCAGAAAUCUGACCAGGGCUCAGAAAGCGGUGUUUGUGGGAGCAGGUCUGCUUGGAGGAGCCAUUGAAGGAGCAGGAGCUGUUGCUGUGGUUCAAACUGCCAUGGCUUUAGCAGCCAUUCCUGCGGCUUUUAUCGCUGCAGGAGUCGCUAUAAUGGCUGAAGGAGCUGCUCUGACUUUUAUAGAUGCACUGAGAGCAUGCAUAAAAAGGAGAAAUAGAGACAAUGGUAAAUAAAGGUUAUGAGGACAGUGUUGGAGUGAUGCAUUAAAAUUAAUGUACUGAGAGCAUGCAUGAA